AUGAUUAAUGGAAAAAACGUAUGGUGUGCAAUACCAGCGUGCACAAAAAAAUUUAAUUUAGAAGAGCGUUAUUUUUUCCGAUUUUCAAAGCAACAUGAAAGAUGGUUGCAAUGGGUACGAGCAUGUGGAAGGCUGGAUUUAGAACCAAAAGGUCCAGAAUAUGCGUACCAGAAUUGCCGGUUGUGCCAUUUAUAUUUCGAAGGAAAAUGGUACAAAAUAAAUAAAAUGAGAGCACAACACCUUUCUGAUCCCACCAAAUACAGAACACCCGAUAUUUUUAGCAAUAUGAAAUCUACAGAAACACAACAAAAGCAUCUGGAGAAACACAUGAAAAUCGAAAUCGAAGUAGAAACAAAUGAAAACAUAGAUGGAGAACCUGCGAGUAAAACACAGGAAAAGUACAGUAAUAAAUAA